AUGGAUAAUUAUAAUUCCAAACACGAGAAUGUUGUGUUACAACAAAUUGAUGAGGUCUAUAGAAAGGCAAGGUGGACGAAUCAAUUUAGUUCCAUGGCAACUUUACCGAAACAUUUACAAGAUGAAUUGAAUAAUAAGAAUAACCUACAUAUCGGAUACCAAAUUUCAGGAACACCAAUUCAAAAUGACAUCCCCCCAACAAAUAACGCAUUAUCUAAAAUGGACACAAGUAUAUCAAAGUCAAAUGGCCCCAUCAUAGAACAUUCCUUAAUGGAAAGAAGAAGACAGUUACUCUUACAGAAACCCAAAUGGCAUGCACCAUGGAGACUUACCAAAAUAAUAAAUGGUCACCUUGGAUGGGUACGAUGUGUUGCAAUUGACCCGGUUCAAAAUGAAUGGUUUGUCACAGGAAGUAAUGACACGACGAUAAAAGUAUGGGAUAUGUUAACAGGUAAAUUAAAGAUUACAUUGGCUGGGCACGCCAUGAGUGUCCGUGGUGUAGCUGUCUCUGAACGUCAUCCAUAUAUGUUCUCUGCAAGUGAGGAUAAAUUAGUAAAAUGUUGGGAUUUAGAGAAAAAUACUGCUAUUAGAGAUUAUUAUGGUCAUCAUUCUGGUGUCCAUACUGUAUCGAUUCAUCCUACAGUUGAUUUAAUUGCUACAGCUGGUAGAGAUAGUGUAGUUAAGCUUUGGGAUAUUAGAACUAAGGAAGCUGUAACAACUUUAGUUGGACAUAAAGGCCCAAUAAAUAAAGUAGAGUGUCUUCCUGUAGAUCCACAGAUUGUCAGCUGUUCUACAGAUGCUACGGUGAUAUUAUGGGACCUGGUCGCAGGUAAGAGCAUGAAAGUGUUAACACACCAUAAGAGAAACGUCAGAAGCAUAUCAGUGCACCCGAAAGAAUUUUCAUUUGCAUCUGCCUCUACAGAUGAUAUUAGAUCAUGGAGAUUACCAGAGGGAUCCUUACUGACAAAUUUUGUAUCUCAAUCCACGGGUAUUAUUAAUACUUUGAGUAUAAAUGAAGAUGAUGUAUUGUUUUCUGGUAGUGAUGAUGGGAAGUUAUCAUUCUAUGAUUAUAAGUCAGGCCAUCUAUACCAAUCACUGGUUACUAAACCAGCAAAGGGAUCCUUGUCCAGUGAACGUGGGAUCUUAACGAGUACAUUUGAUAAGAGUGGAUUCACUUUAAUCACUGGUGAGACAGAUAAAAGUAUUAAAAUAUGGAAACAAUCCAACACUGCUACACCAACAGAAGAUCCAGGAUUACCGUGGAAUCCAAUGUCAUCAUCACAAAGAUUCUGA